GUGCUUCCGGAUUGACAAAAACGAAAGUUGAAAAGGAAAGUAGCAAAUUGAAUUUGUAGGUGUUGUGAAAUAACUAUUCAUAGUUUUUUUCCAAACAUUCAUAAUGUGAAUUCAUGCUGCAGUUGGAAUUCCUGAUGCAUUUUGAGAUCAUUAAGUUGAAAUUAUGAGCAAAAGUUCAUAGAAAUAAUCAUGGAUACGUCUGGCAAAUCUCUUCUUUCAAAGUGGUCCAUUGGGGGCACAGGUACGAAGUCCAGCUUUGAGAGUACAAAGUCCAGUGUUUUAAGCAACAAGUCGAGUUUGCUGAGCUCCGGACUUGAGAGUAAGCUAAUCAAGAGUGGGGGAGGAUUGUCCGCGGACAGGAAGAGGAAACAGCUAACCACCAAAACUUCCGUCCAAGACAAGAAACUGCUGGUGGAGAAAAAAGCUCUCAAGAGCAGUCUGACAACAUCUUCCUCUCGGUUGACUGGAGGAAGUUUGAAGAGUUCCCUUCUUGGGACCACCUCUCUGAGCUCUAAACUGACAAGCUUACAGAGGCCUCUGACCCCAGAGACUAAAUCUUCAGUGGGGAUUAGCCAUGUUACCUCACAGACGAGGCCACUCAGUGGUGGCCUUUUGGGCUCCACAUCCCCCGCCCUCAGUAUCACCAGUAAGUACACGUCCUCUGGACUCUCAUCAGGCCUUGGGAAGUCUCUGAUUGGACAGACUGAGUCCUCAGCCACCCACAGCAAUGUGUCACAGUUAUCAGCCCUGACCAGUCAACAAUCAGUGGGAGGCUUAUCUAUGAAAACAAGCCAAAAAUUGUCUUCCACUGGGAUGUCAUCAGUUUUAGGCAGCCUCAGCAGUAAAGGGAAGAAAUCCCAAGUUAAGGAGAAGAUGGGAUCCCACAAACGAGCUGCUGAAGAGAAAUCAGAAUUUGAAAAAUACAAGGUCAAGGCUCCUCGUUAUGACCUUGGGCAGGUGUUACCCAAAGACAAUGGAGUGGAGGUGCCCAAGUUUGUGAACCCAAGCAAGGAUCCCAGUCUAAACAGAGCAGCCAUUCCCCUGCAUGAUGUUAAUGGACUCAAGCUGGCCCUGAUCAAUGCUGUGAGUGGGUCCCUCAUCUGUCAGCCCAACUUCUCCAACAGCAAUGACCUGACCCGUAGAACCCUGUCUCAAAUGUCAGAUAGAGUCGUGACCUAUGACCCAGAGUUUAUUCUGAAGGUUGCACUUUACACAAGGAAGGAUCUAAACAUCCGAACUACCGCAAACUUUCUCCUGGCCCUGGCCUCCAAUGUAGAUGCUUGCCGACCUUUCCUGAAGAAGUACUAUUGUGCGUCUAUUCAGCUGCCGUCUGACUGGAUUGAGGUGGCCGAGAUUUAUCAGGCCUUCCACGACACGAAUCUGACCCAUGGGUCGAUCCCUGCUGCCCUGCGUAAGGUCAUGAUCAUGAAGUUCCAGGACUUUGACAAGUAUCAGCUAGCUAAAUACAACAAGGAGAGCUCCAUGAAGAAAAAGAAGAAAAAAGAAAAGAAAGAAACCCCUGAAGCAAACAGUGGUACCAGUGUGAGGGGGGCCAGCCGAGGGGGCAGGGUUGCAGUCAUAGCCCGUGGGGGCAGGGUUGCAGUCAGGGGCCGCGGAGGAAGAACUGCAUACAUAGAGCCCAGACAGGAUGACUCUUCCAGCGAGGACUCAUCCAGUGAUGAGGACGGAGAUUUAUACCGACAGCUGAGUGAUAUUGUGCAUGACGAAGAGGAACAUACCCCUGAGGAGAUGGAGAAAAUCAAGUUCUCCAUAAAACAGCUGAUCCGUAAACUCCACAUCGUGGAACCAGUGGAACAUGUCAUGUCAAUCAUCGGCAAAAAGUACCCCGACACACUGGAGGCCUUCUACAAAGCCCGCCUCCCAGGGGUGUGGGAGCAGGACAGGGCGGGGAAGAGGAUGAAGUUACCUGUCCCCGAGACCUGGGAGACACAGGUGUCCCUUAAAGGGAACAAGGCGUCCACAUGGGAAGAUCUGAUUGAUCACAAGAAGCUUCCAUUCAUGGCCAUGUUGCGGAAUCUAAGAAACUUGAUCAAAGCCGGGAUUUCUCCGAAGCAUCAUCAGAGUAUACUGCGCAGGCUUCAAGAUGAGAGACAAGUUGCCAACAGUAAGCAGUUUCCGUUCCGAUUUUUCACAGCGUAUGAAGUACUGAGCAGCUUGGAGAAAGAGUAUGAGGAGACUCAGAAAAAGCUAGUAGAGGCUGCUGAGAUGGAAGCUUCUGGAGAUUACACUUCUAUGAAUGUCGCCAGAGGGGAUAGAGGAAGGGGCAGAGGGAGGGGCAGAGGGAGGGGCAGGGGGGGAGGAAAGGGGGAUAACUGGUGGAUGGAGAAGAAGAAAAAACAACUGGAGGAAAAAAGGAAACCCAAAGAAACUGCCUACGACAAAUCCAUUAUCAACCGCUACAAGAAGGCGCUGGAUACUGCUGUCAAAAUAGCCACUGUUUACAAUGUUCAGCCGAUCAGAGGUCGAACAAUCGUCAUAUGUGACUGCAGCGACCAAAUGAGGGUCAACUGCACUGCGGCCAGAGGCCUAGGGAAACCACGACAGAUGCUGGAGGUGGCAUUGUUGAUGGGGCUGAUGUGCAAGUUCUCGUGUGAGGAAUGCGAAUUUGUCACCUUUCAAGAGGCGUCUUGGCACCCCGCUCAAGUGGAGCGUGGAACAAUCUUGGACACACUUCAGCAACUACUGGAACAGCAAAAUGAAAUCAGAGACAAAGACCUAUGGAACAGAAGUAAGCUGGAGAAUUGCUUCCCAGAAUCCAUCCUCACUGAAAAACUGAGAGACAGAAUCCAGGUUGAUAAUAUCGUUGUUUUGACCGGAGGAGAUCUCGCUCAGGCAAAUCAGAAGAUUCUCUCCAACUUCCUGAAGAAAUAUCGGCAAAUCGUGAACCCCAACCUCCUGUAUGUCAACAUCUCCUUCGCCGGCAAGGGCUGUGGCUUCUCCCAGUCGAUCAAGCCAGAACACGACAAUGAUAUCUACAUCUCAGGUUACAGCGAUGCCAUUCUCAGAUUCAUUGCAGAGCGUGGAGAGGGGGGACAAUUGAUUCAUGUGGAGAAAAUCGACGAGGCAUUUCAUCUGAAACCUCUGGCUGGAGCAGGCACAGAAAAUGUCAAAAGUGUUCCCAGCUCUGACCCAGAAAGGCCCCUUUCCUUGCUCUCAGGGAAACCCAGCUGGAGGAAGACUCGAGUGUUCAUCUCUUCCACGUUCCGCGACAUGCACGGAGAGAGAGAUGUCUUGACCCGCUUUGUCUUCCCAGAACUCCGAGCACAAGGCAAGAAACACUUCAUUAAUGUACAGGAAGUGGAUCUUCGAUGGGGAAUUACAGAGGAGGAGACCCACAGAGCUGUUGAACUAUGUCUCACGGAGGUGAAAAAGUGUGAGUUCUUCAUUGGUAUCCUUGGAGACCGCUAUGGCUAUGUUCCAGAUAGUUACAAUGUCCCAGAUAUGGAGGAAUUUGAUUGGCUGAAGACUUACCCACCAAAGGCCUCCGUCACUGAGUUGGAGAUGCACCUAGGUGCCCUGUCCAACCCCAGCAAAUUCCUGGACAAGGCUUUCUUCUAUGUCCGAGAUUCAAGUUUUGAAAAAGACCUCCCAACAGAGUUUCACUCCGAGUUUCUGACAGAAAACCCUGGAGCUAAAGCCAGACUGGAGGCACUGAAAAACCGGAUCUACUCCAGUAGUAUAGAAGUCUACAAAGGGUACCCAUGUCGAUGGGGAGGGGUCAACGAGGGUCGACCAAUGGUGGCUGGUCUGGAGCAGUUUGCUGUCCGGGUCCUGAACAACCUUUGGAAUGCUAUCCAGAAAGCCUACCCUGAUGAGGAGGCCAUUUUAGAUGAGAACAUGCAUGUUGCUAAGCAACACGAGGCUGUGGUUGAGUGUUAUAAAGAGAGAUUUGUUGGAAGGAAAAAUCUUAUCAAGGAAUGCAUGAAGCACAUCAAUGAGAAGACUGCCAACAUCAUUGUGUUGAACGGCAAGCCAGGCUCCGGAAAGUCGGCUCUUCUGGCUGCGCUGGUUCACACUUAUGUUGAGAGCCCCCAGGUGGCUGGUUCCCAGUCUGUACUGGUUCACAUUGUGGGUGCGGCCCCGGGCUCUGCUAGCAUUGUCGCCACUCUGAGGAGACUUUGCUUUGAGCUAAGGAGACAGUUCUGUGUAGACACGGAGAUUCCUGAGGACUACAAAAACCUAACCCAGAAGUUUUCUGACCUCCUUGAGGAGGGAGCUUCCAUGUGUGGAUCCCCCUUUGUAAUAUUUAUAGAUGGCCUUGACAUGAUGGAGAAGACUCACCAGCCUUACAACCUGGAGUGGUUGCCCAGAAAUCUGCCUAAAAAUGUGGUGUUUGUGAUCACAACUAUUGACGGUGGUAAAAGUCACACGUCCUUGAAGAGACGUAACCUUGGGGUCACUGAGGUCACCGUGGGUGGCCUUGACAUGUUUGAUAAAGCGGAGGUUGUCAGAAAUAACCUUGCUGUGUACAGGAAAAAACUGGAUGAAUCUCCAUUUACAAACCAGAUGAAGUUCUUGAUGGGAAAAAGAGAUGCUGGGAAUCCUCUGUUUUUGAAGUUGGCCUGUGAAGAACUCAGAGUGUUUGGAAAGUUUGAAAUGGUGACCAGUAAACUGAAGUCCCUGCCCCAGACUGUUCCCCUGAUGUUACAGGAAGUACUCGGUCGCUUGGAGUCAGACUUGGGUCAGGAGGUGGUGGCCUUGGCAAUGUCUUUACUGGUUUGCAGCAGAGAUGGAUUGAUGCCAGAAGAACUCCAUGACCUGUUGAGUCUUCACACUCUGCUAAACAAGGCCAAAUUCACAGUGGAUGAUGUCUCAAAUGUCCUUCUGUCCCCUGACAAGAUGCUCCCCUCUGCUGUUUUCUCUCAUCUUCGAAGAUCGCUACAGACUUUCCUAAAUCCAAAUGAAAGCGCGGGCACCUGUUUGUCCUUGGCUCACCUAGAUGUAGCAGUGGCGGUCAGAUCCCGCUACAUGAAGGGAUCGGGGGAUCAGGAACCCAGUCUACACCGGUUAAUGGCCGGUUAUUUCCUCCAACUAGUGGACCCUGAGCGUGAUGGGUCAUACACAGGAAACAGCGUCAGGGCAUUCUCUGAGUUACCCUAUCAUCUGGCCUAUGGUGGGGAUUUUAAAACUCUGUCACAAGUGGUGUGUAGUUUGGAGUUUAUCAGCAACAAAUGUCGACUGGGUCUGGGAAAUGUUUUGCUGGAGGAUUACCAAGAAAAGGAAUUUAGUACCAAAUCAUUGGAGCGUGACCAGCAAAAGAUGAUGGGGAACCCUCGUUUCCAGGAAUACAAAAUGUUUGUGUCUCGUAACAUGCAUCUCCUAGACAAAUACCCGUCCUUGACCUGGCAGCAGGCGGUCAAUGACCUUCAGAGCAGUGAACCAUAUAAGGAUGGAGUGGCCUCCCUUGACACCGCUCACAACCAGUGUGACUUGUGCUUCAGGUGGAGCAACCGGCCCCAGGACCAGGACCCCAACUACCUGACACUCAGCAACUUGCCUCAGCCAGUGACCUGUGUAGCCGUUAGUCCAGAUAACGAGUACUUCCUAUGUGGAGGCUUGGACUGUGUUGUUCAUCUUCACACAAUGGAAACCGGAAAGGAGGUCAGGAGUUUCCAUGGACAUGCGAACGUGAUCAGUGAAGUCUGCUUCGCGGGGAAGACGUACGUCUGCAGUGCCUCACUGGACAAUCUGGUCAGUGUGUGGAACAGGGAGGACGGACACAGGGUGCACUCAUUAAAGGGACACACCAGAAGAGUCCAGUCUAUUGCCUCUGACUUGUCGGGAAAGUUCUUGGCAACUGCAUCAUGGGAUUGUUCGGUCAGAGUUUGGAACCUUGCCAAAGGAGAAUGUGUGUGUGACCUCAAAGUGGCAAGCCCAGUGAACUCGGUCUCGUUCCACCCAGAGGGUCAGCUGAUAGUGACAGGGCAGUGGGACACCACUAUUGCAAUCUGGGAUGUCUUCCACAAAACCCGCAAGGCUGUGCUCCGUGGCCACCAUUCCUCUGUACGAGAUGUAGCCUACUCCCCGUGUGGAAGAUACAUUGCAUCGGCUGCUCUCGACGGUGAUGUCAAACUCUGGGAGUCCAAGAAAGGAACUCAGGUUGGAAACGUGCGAGGUCAUUCACUGCCAAUCAACAAGCUGACCUUCAGUCCAACCGGGAGAAACCUCAUCACUGUCAGUGAUGACCAUAAAAUCAAGGUGUGGUCUGGUCACCUGGGUAAGCCCCUGCAGUGCCUUGGGGAGGAGAAGGAUGGUCCAGUGAAGUGUGUUGCCCUGUCCCCUGAUGGAGAGUGGGUGGCUGUGGGACUCCACGAAGGGUUCGUCAAGAUGUACGAGGUGUCUUCAGGGUAUCUGAUUUAUACCAUCACCCCCCACUCCGCUGCAGUACGACGCCUGACCUUCAGCCCCUGUGGGAGCUAUCUAGCUACAGCCUCAGCAGACUGCAAAGGAAUGAUAUUCAAAGCAGCCUCUGGUGGGUUGAUGGCCACCCUGCCCUCUACAAGCCCCCUUAUGUGUGUGACAGUGACUAAGAACUAUGUCGCCAUGGGAACAGAAGACAACCAGUGUCUCUUGUUUCCAUUUGCCAACAAUAAAGCCAAAGGUGAAACAGUUUUGAAGACCCUGGCAAUCUUACGAGGUCAGGAAGGACCAAUCACCAGCUGUACCUUCAAUCCUGAUGUGUCCCAACUGGCCACAGCCAGCAGAGACGCUUCUGUGUAUAUCUGGGACGUCCGACAAUGUCUGCUGGACGGACGUAACUCCCAGCCCCUGCGGAAACUCCACGCCUGUCACUCUGACUGGAUCACAGACUGUCAGUGGUCCAACAUCGGCGACUUUUUGGUGACGGGGUCUGUGGACUUCAACCUCAAAAUCUGGGAUGUCAAAACAGGUGAAGAGAAGUUCAAGUUGACAGGUCACAUGGCCUCCAUCACCUCUGUCGGAUACAGUUAUGGCUGCAUCGUGUCGUCCAGUAGUGAUGGGACUGUCAAAGUGUGGUCCCAGAAAGGCACGGAGAUCACCACCCUUCACGGCCACACCCAGUGUGCCAACGACACCGCACUCCUCGUCAAAGUGUCCCAGUCCUCCAUCGUGGAUGAAGAGGAGGACAACAGUGAUUGGGCCGCCGAACCAAAGGAGGGAAAGCCGGACAGGAAGAGGAAGCCCCAGAUAGAGAUGGAGGAUGUGGUGGUGGCCAGCUGCUCGGAUGACGCCACAAUUCGGCUCUGGAAUCCAUUACAGGCAAAUGAGCUGGCAAGUAUGACAGGUCAUGACGAUCGAGUCCUUAGUGUGGCCUCUGAUUCCCAUGGCAACCUGUGUACAAGUUCACUGGAUAAAUCUGUCCGACUUUGGAAACCGACCCUUAGUUCCAAAACGGAGAACCUUUGUCAUGAUGACCACGUGAACUUCACCUCCGUCUCCAAGAACGGAAACUAUUUGUUGACAGGAAGCAGGGAUGGCUACAUCAAGUUGUGGUGUGUUAAUUCUGAUGGAACAAACAUGGAGUUGAUGCUGUCACAGAAGGCGCACGCCAAGUCUGUGAACUCAGGCUGUUUUAUUGGAGCCGCUGCUGAGAAGAUCGCGACGGGAGGGGACGAUUCCAGGGUACUUGAGUGGAAGUGUAUAAAGGGGAAAAAUGAUAAUUCUGUAAAGAGACUAAAGAAAGUGAAUGACUACAAGCUGCUUUCCCCAGUGACAUCUGUUAUGUGGCAUGAGUGGGCAGUGGCCUCAGGGGACAUUAUUGUCUGUGCAGAGUGGGAAACCGCCCGAGUAACCGUCUUCAACACUGUGUGCAAAAGCCCAACAAAAUACAUAGACCUAGGGUCUCAAGGAAGUGGUCUGUGGGUGAUGAACUUGAUGUUCCAGGAAGAGAAAAUUCUGGCCCUGAUGUCAAACUCUACGGUCCAGACCCUGAAAACAUCUGGCAUUCCAGAUCCUCAACAGAAAAACUAUGACAUUAAAGUAACAAAGAAAAGUGAGAUCAAAUGCAUGGCUGACAUCACACAGCAAAUACCAGAGCAUAAGCGUGGUCUCAACAUGGUGCUGUGUGGGGCGUCCCUGGGCUGGGGCGUCUACCUGGAUGGAGAGCCGGAAUCACCCAUCUUACUGGGGGACACCAAGGGGCAACUGACGGCUCUGUUCAACGAAUUCUCUAACAAGUCCUCCUCUCUCAAGAUACAUGACAGAGAUGUGACCAGUGUCAAGGUUAUUGAAGAUGUCAUCUUGACGGCAUCCCUGGACCGGUCCGUUAAAGCCUGGAAAUUAAACAGUACCAGAUCUUACACCGAGCCACAGCAAGUGCUUCAAGAAGGGCUGGAGCAGGUGGGACAGUUCCUGUGUCCGGCUCCCGUAACCAGCAUGGAGAUUAUAACAGAAUCCUCGGGACGGCAACUAGUCUGUGGGGACCAGCUAGGAAAUGUCCAUUUCUUUGUUUUACAAGAUCUCCGAUAAAAGGUGUUUUUAGAAACAAAUUGUGAAGUUGUUAAACAUAUAUUGUGAAUGAAAUAUGUGAAAAACUGAAUAUAAAACAUUAAAAAAAAAAAAGGGAAUGUAAUACAUGCAUACCAAACAGCAAACAAGUUGUAUGAUGAUGUAGUGAAAUGUUUAUUUUUAUUUGUAUCAGUUUGUGUGUACAAAACCUUGUAUAAGAAUGUUGAACUAUAUAUUGUAUUGCACACUUUGAUUACCGUUUAAUCAUGAAUAAUGUUUUGUUUUGUAAAACAAUAUUGUAAAUUAUCCGUAUAUUUGUGUCUUCAUAUUGAAUCCAAUUUUGCAGUGUACUUAUAAAGAUGUAUAUAAAGUUUCUUUUUCUUUCUCUUGUACAUAAUAUUGGUCAAUAUUGUAUGCCACUAAUAUUUCCUUGUAUGGUGUUACACAUCAAACAUUUUGGAAAUUGAAUUUAAUAUAUAUUUUAAUGUUUACAGUACAAUUGGUCUGACAAUGUUAUAUGUUCUUGUAUUCUACUAAUAUUUUGUUGUAUAUAGUCAUAAACAUUUAACAUUUUUUGAAGUGAAUAUUUUCAAUAGAUGUGUAUUAAAUUGUAUAUAAUAUUUCAUUUGUAUGAAAGUUUGCAAUAUGAUGUACCAAUUUCAAACUGCGAUAGGAUAGAUUUGUAAAUACAUGCGUACCAUUUCAUACCUAAGGUGCAAAGCCUUGUGUAGAUAUGACUGUUAUCAUAGAUAAGGUAGAUUGAUUUUGAUUAUUAUUUAUACUAUAAAUUACAUUAAUCAUAUUAGACUUAGUUUUUGAUCUCAAAGACAUGUCUGUUAUUAGUACCUCAUACAAAUGUACAAAUUAGUAGAUGUAUUCAAUAGUAUCAUUUAAAUCCGUAUAAAAAGAUCCUUAUUAAGAAAACAGAAAUAAUUAACCCAAUAAGGAACUUUUUAUACAUGUAUGCAUAGAUUUUUGUUAAUGGGUUUUGUCACUGUUUGAUUAUGGAUGGAUGAUUAGUUUAAAGCAGUUACUGUAGUUGUCUAAUAGUCAUUUGAAUUAUUCUCUGCUGCUUGAUCAAAGUACAUGUACCAGCAACUUUGAGUAACUUUGAGUAAAAUUGUUCUUUUUUCUAGUUAUUUAAUAAGAUCAAAAUCAAAAAUUUAAUCUCUAAAAAGAGAGAAAUGCAAGAGUUUGAGUGGCACUUAGAUAUAUAGCAAGUGAAAAUAUAUAGAUGUAGUACAACUUGCUGUGUUCAAAUCAACCCAAUUGAAUUCUGCUAUCAAGAUGAUACUUAUGUGCAAUGUAUUCAGUGAUGUGUAUUUGUGAUAUUUUUUUAACCAAACAAGGUAGACAACCAUGGGUAGCAGAUUGUAUACGUAGACAUUUUAUUGAUAUAUUUUGUGAAUGGCUGUGAUAUUACAGUUCCAAUCUGUAUGAAAGAUUUAUUGAAAGCAGUGAAUGAAUACCUUAUCUAGAUCAAAACUUUCCCAAAAAAUUGGAGGAAAAAAAGAGUGAUUCAAGAACUUAAAAGUUCUUUCUGUACUAGAAGCCUUAAGUUGGACUGAAAGAAAUUAUCAGACACACUGAAGAAUAUUUAUUUAAACAUCUUGUAUUUACUAAAUUUUAGAUAUGAUAAAUGAUUUAGUGAUUUUGACUUGUAUUAAAGGAAAUCAUGCAACAUCAAAAAAUAUGCAGCGAAUGAUUUGCAGUUAUAUUUUUUUCUGGAAACCGUUAUUUUUCAGACUUCAUAAAGUGAAGUCUUAUUUUUUAUUUCCUUUUUUAUUUUUUCCCCAUUUAUUAUUUUGGGUGGGUUGGUGGGGGUUCAAGGGUUUGGAACAAGAUUUUGCUAGGGAAAGCUUGCGGGGGAUAGUAGGUUGAAAAGUGGUAAGGAUUUGAUCAUCUUUCGUACAUGUUAAUAGUUUCCGGGGUGGGGUGGGGGUGGGAGGGGGAUUUAACACAAUAAAUAUGAAAGGUAAUAAAAAUGUUUGCAAACAAAUAUUUCAUUUAGUUCGGUAUUAAACUGAAAUCUGAAUCAUAGGAAUUAUAGAUUUGUUACAGGGUAUAUUUUUACGUUAUGAUAUUUUUUUGUAUUUACUACAUGGCUGUGUUCAUUUGCCGUCUCCCGCACAGGAAGCUAAAGUGCAUACACAAGCUGGUUUUUUUCUUUGUUGAUGUUGAUAAUAAAAAUGUCAGUUCUA